ACAAGUGCCAAAAUUUCCCGCGCUUACUCGGAAUUUUAUUUUAUAAAAGCUCGUGUGCGUUUAUUUAUUCGUAAUGUAACAUAGUGCUGCGGUUGUAAUGAUAUUUAUCGCUUGUUUUACCGUGCUGUUUGUUUGUGUUUUUUAUUCGCAUAAACAUUUGAAGUCGGCAAUUAAUAAAUUAGGAUUAAAUAAUAGGCGUUUAACUGCUUUUGAGAAAGACAAAUCAAUAAAUACAGAGGAAAUGAGUGAUGAGGAAUUUCGUGAUCCAUUAGCAGCGACUAAUCAUUGGAAUAAAACUAAAGCUAAAAGAAAAUUUGUUCCAGAUAAAGCAAGUGUUUUUCGUUGGAAUAAGACAGCUAAAGUAUCAGAAAAGAUUGAAAAUGAUACCAAAACACCUAAGACUAUCGAAUCAUCGAUUGAGAUAUCCAAUGAUGAGUCAGAAGUAAAUGUUAGCGAUGAUAGUGCUAUUAAAGAAUCACCUUGUAAAAACAAUUUCAUUAACAACGAUUUGUCAGUUAACGAUUCUAGUCUUGAACAAUCGACAUCGAUAAAUAAUAGAAAUUUCCAACUGGAGAAGCAAAUAGAUAAAGUGAAGUCAUUUAAAAAGUAUGAAAAAAAUUAUAACAAUAUUCCAUUGCCAGCUGGUAUGCCACCGAUUAUUGCUGGGGUUCCAGUUAUGUUUCCAAUUACACCUUACAAGAGUCAAAUAUCGGUAAUGAAUGCGGUUAUUAAAGGAUGUAAGAACAAUGAAAAUUGUUUAUUAGAAAGUCCAACUGGUAGUGGUAAAACAUUGGCUUUGUUGUGUGCUGCUCUGGCUUGGCAGGCACAUUUUGUUAAAGCUGCGUCGACUAGCAGGACAGUCGUCAGGAUUCGUUCCAACGAAGGUCAACCGAGUCACGCACGAGAUCUUCCGAGAAGGACUGAGCGAUUAUCCGAGUUAACUUACAUAAUUUGCGCUGCUGGCUGCGAUUUUCUACAGCACCGAAGGCGAAUGCACAUGGCAGUGAUAAUUAAAAAUGCGAUGCUCAACGCUCAUUAUACGCUAUCGGAGUACAUAACCAGCUUGCAGGAUGAUAAGAACCCAAAGGAAAACGUCAAGCUACGGAUCCCAAGAAUAUUCUACAGCUCGCGGACUCAUAAGCAAAUUGAACAAGUUAUUCGAGAAUUUAAAAAAACCGCCUAUGCACACAUACCGAUGACUGUAUUGAGUAGCAGGGAGCAUUCGUGUAUACAGUCCUUCUCAAAGGGUAUAAGUAAAACCCAGCUGUGCAACGAUCUACUUGAUCCUCGAAACAAAGGCGAGUGUAUUUAUUACAACAACAAGCACAAGAUAGGGACGCACACCGAAUUGAGUCAGCAUGGCUUCGAGACCCCUUGGGACAUCGAAGAUCUUGUGGAGCUUGGCAGGGAAAAGAAAGCCUGUCCCUACUUCGCCGCGAAGAGUCUCAUGCUGGAUUCGCACAUCAUUUUCUCUGAUAUUCUCCUUAUCGUUUCGCACUAUCGUUUCAAUCAGAUGCAAAUCAAUUUAACGGGCGAUGUCGUUAUCAUUGACGAAGGGCACAAUAUAGAAGACAUCUGUCGAGAAAUUGGAAGUUAUAUUUUUCGAGAAGACCAUUUGAACGAAGCUAUUAAGGAUUGUAAUACAGUUUAUCGGGCAAGGCCGAACAAAGCCUACGACUCCAUAUCUCAAUAUCUUACCACCUUGAACACUUUAAUUAGCGAUCAAGACUUACAAAGUCCGAUAAACCCGUACGAGGAGACGACGAGCACCUUUUGGAACGGCGAGGAAACUUGGAUGCUCUUCAAUACCUACAAACUGGCCGACGAUGCCUACUCGGAGUUCAUAAGUGAUUCCGAGCAGGCGAUCUCCGAUUACAGAGCGAUGAAGGAAGAUAUGAAAUUACCGAGCAGAAAAAAGGACAAUGUCGCCAUCACCACCAUCAACUUCGCGACGGUAAAGCUGCUCGAGCAAUUGAAAGACGCCCUCAACUACGUCAAGAGUCCCGAAUCCAAUAUGAGCUAUCGCUGCACCAUCUCCCAGGCUCAUCAUCAGGAAUCCAAGGUCUCGGAUGGGUUGUGGACGAGAGUAAAGGAUGGGAAACGACUGCGCAGCCUCAAGUUCAUGUGCAUGAACGCAGCGGUGGUGUUCGAUAAACUCAGGAAGGGGACGCGGUGCCUGAUUCUGGCCUCGGGCACCCUCUCCCCGACUACGAGCUUCGAGGGUGAGCUUGGCACUAGGUUCCUCCACAAGGUCCACGCGAACCACGUGAUUGCCAAGGAUCAAGUGUACGUGAGGGCGAUACCACGAGGGCCUACGGGUGUUAAGCUCAGGGCUACCUACCAAAACAUCCAGACGCUACCCUUCAAGGACGACCUGGGGAAGCUGAUUGGCGAGGUGUGCCAGUGCAUUCCACACGGCAUCCUUUGCUUCUUCUCCUCGUAUUCGGCGUUGCGCUCUAACGUGGAGCGCUGGCAGGACACUGAUCAGUGGGAGGAUUUCUUCAGGUGCAAGCGCGUGUUCGUGGAGCCGCGACAGCACCACGAGCUCGAGGAGACGAUGGGCGAGUACCGAGAAGCCGUGGACAGCGGUGGCGCUCUCCUCCUAGCCGUCUUCCGUGGCAAGGUCGCCGAGGGCAUUGACUUCAGUGAUAAUUUCGCACGAUGCGUCAUCACCAUUGGUAUUCCCUUCGCCGUACAAAAUGAUCCAGAAGUGAAACUAAAGCGCGAAUACAACGAUGUUAAUCAAGAUAAAGGUUUGCUGUUAGGAAGGGAAUGGUACACCGUGCAGGCUUACAGAGCCUUAAAUCAGGCGCUUGGAAGGUGCAUUAGGCACAAAAAUGAUUGGGGAGCUAUUUUACUUGUCGACGAAAGAUUGCAAUCUAAGGAAUCAGACAGCUACUUAUCCAAAUGGAUACGAGAAAUGAAACGUCAUGCAUCAGAUUAUAAUCUUCGUGAAGAAUUACAAGACUUUGUUAAACGACAGAGAAUGCUAGAAAACGAAAAUCCUUGAAAAUCUUAAUAUUUAUAGGGAAU